AGUCUUACCAAUACCGACUCCCAACUGCGAGCGAGCGCGCGAGCGAAAUCAGCUUCUUCUUCUUCUUCUUCUUUCUUCUUCGCAAAGGUCGCAACUUUCUGAGCUAAACCCCUCCGUCUCCGUGCCUUCUCCACACACGAUCGACUGAGCCAGAACCCAUUGCUUGCCAUGCUUUGCCAAUGUCGCCCUCGCCCAGGACUCUAGCUUCCCGUCACUCCAUCGACUCCUGCGCCGUCCAGCUCCACUCGUGGAAGCCCUUCCUCCCCAAAGUCCCCGACCCCGAUCACCCCCACAUACCCAACUCCUCCUCCAAUGGCGGCGGCGGCGGCCAUGCGGGGCUCCACUCCAAGCGGCCCUGCCUCUCCGAUCGGGUGACUUCGUUCUCGAUCGACGCCGCCCUCGACAUGUCGAGGCUCAGCCUGUUCGACGAUGACAGGUCGAUCGCCGACGUGGGGAAUCUGAAGAUGAGGGAGAGCCUCCAGCUGAUCGCCAGGAAGCGGAGGCGGAGGGGGUCGAGGUCCGUGUCCGGGCGGAGCAGCGAUCGGAGCGGGACACGGCGGUGCUGCUCCGUCGGGGCGUCCGCCGCGGCCUCGGACAUCCCGAUGGCGGUGGGGACGGACUCGAGCGGGGAGCUGUUUGGGAACGGGGAUUGGGCGUCGGACGUGAGCGAGGUACGCAAUAAUGGCGGCCCGAGGAGGGACAAAGAUGGUGGAGGAGGAGGGAGUGUGGAGAGGGAGAAUUUGGGCUUGGGGUUUGGGCAAGCUGGGAAUUUUGGCGAUGUGGUGCCGGGGAACGAGUCAGGGUACGGAAGUGAGCCGGGCUAUCGCGGCGACGCCGAGUUCGGUUAUGGGGAUGAGGUGGAUGAGGAGGAGGAGGAUGCUAGGGCAUUGUUUUGGGGCCACCAAUUUGGAGAUUCCAAAAUGGAGAUGGUUGGUGAGAACACAUUCACCGAUCAGAAGGCUCAUCACAGAUGCCGCAGGAAGAAGCACGACUUUAGAAUGGUCGAACCUUCCAGAUAGCUAAUCUCUCGUUUGAGUGAUUGCCUCCUUCCGUCGCCCACCGGUCAGUUUUUGUGAGUUCACCGGCUCUUGGAUGGAGCAGGGUUUAGGUUUGGAAAAUUGCCUCAUCGGAGGUACUCCAUGCAUGAGAUAAUAGUCAAUGUAAGUAUAAUUUCUCAUUUUCCUGGCUGGAAGCCUUAAUGGGUUUCUUCAACCAUGAUUUGAGAGUGACUUACCCCUAAUAUUUCCGUCUGUAAGGGAACUGGUAAAGACACCCCAGUGUUGUCUUGUUGUAAACGACAUUCGUCACGGAAAAGCCACUUAUGUACAUUAAGCUAGUGAAGUUGGAGUGUUGUUGCUUAUCAAAAGAGCAGGCAUGCGAAAUUUCACUUUGAUUAUACAGUAUGCCAAUGCAUCACAUAUAUUUUAUUGUCGUGGAA